UUUAUACGUUUUAUUUUGGUUUCCAACCCAACAAAGGGAAAUAUGCCUUUGCCGUCACUCUCCCAACUCCAAACUUCAAACCAAAAAUUAAAAUAAAACAAAAUACUCCCCUCCCAACACCCUCCGCGCACGUUAGCCCCACCACCACCACCACCUCCUUUCCCGGUGAUACCCAGGGUGCCGGGCAAUCACGCGGGCGUGCCACACCCAAUCCCUUUGAAUUUCAUUUCCAAUUUUGUAGUCUAUACAUAGAGAAGCGGGGUAAUUGCGUUAAAUUCUUAAAUUAGGGGUUUUCGGAUUGAUUAAUUCGUGUUUUAAGGAUGAGGAGUAGGAUUUGACGAUGGUGAGGUUACUGGGGUUGACGCGUGCCUUCGGCGAGUGGGCUGAGUCACCUCGCGAGGUGACGCGGACAAUUCCGACGAGUGAAAGCAUAGGAGAAAGCGGGUGGCUGAUCAGAUUCUUUGACUCGGCAUUUUUCUGCGAAUGGAUCGCCGUCAGCUACCUCUACAAGCACGAUCAUCCCGGGGUACGAGACUACUUGUGCAACCGUAUGUAUACUCUUCCUCUCCCCGGCAUCGAGAGCUACUUAUUUCAAAUUUGCUACAUGUUAAUUCACAAGCCUAGCCCCUCGCUUGACAAGUUUGUAAUUGAUAUUUGCUCGAGAUCACUUAAAAUCGCGCUGAAAGUACACUGGUUUCUGAUGGCGGAGUUGGAGGAUGUAGAUGAUAACGAGGGCAUUAGUAGGAUUCAGGAGAAGUGCCAGUUUGCGGCGACGUUAAUGGGUGAGUGGCCCCCUUUAAUUAAACCACAGACACGAAUUAGUAUUUUUACAUCCUCAUCAUCUAGUAAUGAUCACAAUGGUAGCAGUAGUAGUCCGAUUGGUAAGAAUCAGGUGUUGAAUAAGUUGUUGUCGUCGAAGCAGAAGUUAUUGUCAUUGACAUCUUCGCCCCCUAGUAGUGCAUCCGCUCCACGAUCUUUCUCAUUUUCUCCCUCAUCUGGAAACUCGAUAAUUCAAGACGAUAGUGGUAAAGCAAUGGGAUCACCAGAGGAAAGUAAUAAGAUUUUUAAGAAGUUUAUCCCGGGCCCGAAGGUCCGGGAUGCGCUGUUGUUUAGAAAAUCAGUGGAGAAGGAAGAUGAGGAGCCCGAGAAGGAUGGUGGAUUCUUUAAGAAGUUGUUAAAGGAUAAUCGGGAUGAAGAUGCAAGGAAAUCUAUUGAUAAGGAUAAAGAAAACGAGGAGGAGCCUGAGAAGGAAGGUGGAUUUUUCAAGAGGUUGUUGAGAGAUAGUCGGGAUGAGGAUGUAAGAAAGUCAGUGGAUAAGGAUAAAGAGAAUGAUGAGGAGCCUGAGAAGGAAGGUGGGUUUUUUAAGAGGUUGUUGAGGGACAACCGGGAUGAGGAUGUAAGAAAGUCAGUGGGCAAGGAUAAAGAGAAUGAUGAGGAGCAUGAGAAGGAAGGUGGGUUUUUCAAGAGGUUGUUGAGGGAUAGUCGGGAUGAGGAUAUGAGAAAAGCAGGGGAUAGACGCAAAGAUGACGAGGAACAUGAGAAAGAUGGUGGGUUUUUCAAGAGGUUAUUGAGCAGUCGGGAUGAAGAUGUGAGGCAGUCAAUUGAUAAGGAUGAUGAGGAGUCAGAUAAAGAUGGCUUCUUUCGGAGGUUGUUGAGUAGCAAAGAUGAGGAGGAAGAAGUUAGCUCCAGUACGGAUGGAUUUUUCAAACGGCUGUUUCGGGAUACUAAAAAUGAUUCAGAGGAAAAAGUAUUGUCUAAAGCUGUGGAAGAUGAUGAAAAGGCAGGAUUUUUCAAGAAGUUCUUUAAGGAUAAAUUUGAGGACAAGAAGGAUGGGUGUAACAAAAAUGAUGAUGUGGAGAGAGGGACAAAGAUCUCAGAAGAAGAUGAUAAAGAAGGGUUCUUCAAAAAACUUUUCAAAGAAAAAAUUGAUGAGAAAAAAGAUUCAACCGACCGAAAUGAUGAGGACAGGAAGGGGCAUGCAAAUGGUGAUGAUGAAGAGCCUUCAGAUUUUAUGUUGUUCCGCAGAUUGUUUCGUGUUCAUCCUGAAGAUUCCAGAAUUUCCGUGGGACAUGAUAACAACAAUGUGCUUGAAAGCAGUCCUGGAACAGAGAACUUUUUUCGGAAGUUGUUCAAGGAUCGUGAUCGUUCGGUGGAGGAUUCUGAACUCUAUGGCUCCAAGAAGAGCGGAGUGGACUGUCCUGGCUCACCAAAUCAGCACCAUGAAAAGUCAAAUGCUAAACCUCCUCUUCCAAGUAGUGCAUCACAGUUCAGAAAGGGGACUUAUCAUGAAUCCCUCGACUUUGUUCAAACUUUAUGUGAGACAUCCUAUGGCCUUGUUGAUGUGUUUCCUGUUGAAGAUCGCAAAGCUGCUCUUCGUGAGUCACUUGUAGAGAUCAAUGCGCAUAUAGACGAUGCUCAAAAUAGUGGAGGAAUAUGUUUUCCUAUGGGGAAGGGUAUGUAUCGUGUGGUUCACAUACCUGAAGAUGAAGCUGUUCUCUUAAAUUCCAGAGAAAAGGCUCCUUACUUGAUCUGUGUUGAAGUUUUGAAGAGUGAUGCUCCAAGUAAUUCAAAGGAUAUGUCCAAUUCACAAAAGAUUUCUAAAGGAGGAAUUCCGUUGGCAAAUGGAGAUGCUCUUUUGCCGAAGCCUCCACCAUGGGCUUAUCCUCUGUGGACGGGACAGGAUAUGUACCAUAGUGGUCAUGAUAGGAUGUCAAGGUCUACCUCUGAAGCUAUAGACCAGGCAAUGACUCAGUUAUGGGAGGCAAAAGUGAAAUUUGUUCAUGUUAAUUUUUCUGUGGAGAGGCAAUCAGACCAUGACGAUCACAUUUGCAAUUCUCAACCUGUUUCUACUAAUUGUGGCCCGAACAGAGAGGGUGGUUGUGCCUGUCAACUGAAAGAUGAGUGCAAUUUGGAAUGGGUGAGGGUUGUCUUGUCAGCUGAACCUGGGGUAAGCAUGGAUGACAUAGUGGACCAAGAUCCACCCAGACGGAAAGAGCAUCGUCGUGUUCCAAGCACCGUUGCUAUUGAGGAAGUCAAGGCAGCUGCUUUGAAAGGAGCAGCCCCCCCAGGACUUCCUCUUAAAGGGGCUGGUCAGGAUUCAUCAGAUGCACAACCAAAGGUUGCAGAUGGUGGUAUUCCCAAAGUUAGUGAUGCAUUAGCUGGUGAACUUUGGGAGGUAAAGAAGGAGAGAAUACGUAAAGCCUCAUUAUAUGGAAAAUUACCCGGUUGGGACUUGCGUUCUGUGAUUGUGAAGAGUGGGGAUGACUGUAGGCAGGAGCAUCUUGCUGUACAACUUAUUUCUCACUUUUAUGAUAUAUUCCAGGAAGCUGGUCUUCCACUAUGGCUGCGUCCUUAUGAAGUAUUAGUUACUUCCUCUUAUACAGCUCUUAUUGAAACUAUUCCGGACACAGCAUCCAUUCAUUCAAUCAAAAGUAGGUUUCCCAACAUUUCAAGUUUGCGUGACUUCUUUCUUGCCAAAUAUCAAGAAAAUUCUCCUAGUUUUAAGCUUGCCCAGCGGAACUUUGUUGAAAGCAUGGCUGGAUACUCUCUAGUUUGCUACCUUUUACAGGUGAAGGAUAGGCACAAUGGGAACUUGUUGUUGGACGAAGAAGGCCAUAUUAUACAUAUAGACUUUGGCUUCAUGCUUUCUAAUUCACCUGGAGGUGUAAAUUUUGAAAGUGCACCAUUUAAAUUAACCCGUGAACUUCUUGAGGUGAUGGACUCUGAUGCUGAGGGAGUUCCAAGUGAAUUUUUUGAUUACUUUAAGGUUUUAUGCAUCCAAGGUUUCCUCACAUGUCGCAAGCAUGCAGAGCGCAUAAUUCUUCUUGUUGAGAUGUUGCAGGAUUCUGAUUUCCCUUGUUUCAAGGGUGGUCCACGGACAAUACAGAACUUGAGGAAACGUUUUCAUCUGAGUUUGACAGAAGAGCAAUGCGUGUCUUUGGUGCUUUCGCUGAUCAGCAGCAGCUUGGAUGCCUGGAGGACACGGCAGUAUGACUACUACCAGAGAGUCUUAAAUGGGAUAUUAUAAGUGCACAUCACAUUUUAGAUUCACAGUCCUUGAUAGUGCACUUGUAUAAAGACGAAUUAAUGAAUAUGCUUGAGGAUAUGGUUAUAGAGCACUCAGAAUGAUUCAGAAUGCAAUUGAUCCAGACAGAAGUGCUCUGUGGAGGUCUAGCUGAUGGAAGCUUUUCCGGGGGAGUCACCAUUUUUCUUUUGGCAUUUUCCCUUUGUUUCAAGGAAGAGAUUCAGCUGCCUGGAAUGCAGUUCCUGUCUUUGAGGAGGGUGUCAACACUUUAACCCUUUGAGUGGGGACAUACUGUACAGAAUGAUUGAUGAGGGGGAUGGAACACAUUCAAGACGGAAUCGGACCUUGAUUAUCAAUUUUGAGUCUGCUACACCAAUUGCUAUGUAGCGAAGAAAUUGGGAUUUGGGUGUAUAUUUACUACCUUCAUACUUCGAACAUUGAUCUUUGAUCAGAUAGCUUUCGUAAGCUGCUGUGUGCCAUUUUCUCUUGGCUUCAACUCUCCAGUGUCCAUCUCCAAGUUUGAUUCUUUUAUGUGCAAUUGUGAAAUGCUUAAAGUAGCAUUCUGUUGUAUUUUGUAUAAAUUCGGAUAGUACAUCUCUUAUAGUGCAAUUUGCUAAUUUGAAUGGAAGUGUGUAAGCUUGGUGUUGCUGUAACCAAUCAACUACUUCUUUGUGCAACUUUAUGCGUUAUCCUGAAUUUGAACUAUGGCAUUGCAGGUGUA